UGGCAGCACUGCAUUGGUGUCCUGCUGCCCCAGUCCCGCCCCGCCAUCUUCGAAAUUUCGCAAUUUUCGUCGUCGCGGAGUGCGGUGAGCACGAGUGCUUUGCAAGUCCCUCGCCCUUUGAUAAGAGAGGACAACGGUUGUUGUAUUUACGCCAAGCAAGGAGUUCGUGGUGUCCCCACUGAAGAGAGCUGCUUUUUCGUUAUUCAUCACAUUAAAAAAAAAGCCAAGGGCAACUGAGAAGGAAGGCGUUUGGAAUUGCUGGCGGAAAAAACAGAGGCGCGCCAGUGAUUUUGAUAAUGAGUCGUGGGAACCACGAAUUGGAUGAGACGCAGUUCCACUGACAUGUCUUACACGGAACUGGAGCACGGCUACCAGGGACUCAAGAAAGCCAGGCCCUCCUACCUGCACGAGGAACGCAUUGCCAAACUGAGAGGCGAAGGCUCAAGUCUGGACGACAAUGGAUUGGGCUUGGACACGGAAAUGUCCAGCGGCGAAGACGGCGGCAAGCAGGUGGUGGUGGGGGUGUGCGCCAUGGCCAAGAAGUCGCAGUCCAAGCCGAUGAAGGAGAUCCUCACUCGGCUGCAGGAGUUCGAGUACCUCAGGAUCGUCGUGUUCAACGAGGAGGUCAUUCUCAAGGAGCCUGUGGAAAACUGGCCCAUUUGCGACUGUCUCAUCUCAUUCCAUUCGAAGGGCUUCCCGCUGGACAAGGCUAUUCAGUAUGCCAACCUGCGGAACCCUUUCAUCAUUAACAACCUGCACAUGCAGUACGACAUACAGGACCGGCGGAAAGUGUACUCGAUACUGGCGAAGGAGGGCAUCGAGAUUCCCAGAUAUGCUGUCCUGGACAGAGACUCGCCCGAUCCGAGACAACUUGCUUUAGAUCACGAGUUGGUGGAGUCGGAGGAUCACGUCGAAGUCAAUGGAGUUGUGUUCAAUAAGCCCUUUGUCGAGAAGCCAGUUUCGGCCGAGGAUCAUAAUAUUUACAUUUACUAUCCAACUUCUGCUGGCGGCGGCAGUCAGAGACUUUUCAGAAAGAUUGGAAGCAGGAGUUCCGUUUACUCGCCAGAAUCGAGAGUUAGAAAGACAGGUUCUUUCAUUUACGAGGAUUUCAUGCCAACUGAUGGGACUGAUGUUAAAGUUUACACUGUUGGGCCUGAUUACGCCCAUGCCGAGGCUCGAAAGUCUCCUGCCUUGGACGGCAAAGUAGAGCGAGACAGCGAGGGCAAAGAAAUCCGCUAUCCUGUCAUUUUGAGCAAUGCUGAAAAGCUAAUCUCGCGCAAGGUUUGCAUGGCAUUCAAGCAGACUGUGUGCGGUUUUGAUUUAUUGAGAGCAAAUGGUAAAUCUUUUGUUUGCGAUGUGAAUGGCUUCAGCUUUGUCAAGAACUCCAACAAGUACUACGACGACUGUGCCAAAAUCCUAGGGAAUAUGAUUUUGCGAGAGCUCGCCCCUACUUUGCACAUCCCUUGGAAUGUUCCGUUUCAAUUAGAUGAUCCCCCAAUCGUUCCUACAACAUUUGGAAAAAUGAUGGAGUUGAGAUGUGUUGUGGCUGUGAUUAGACAUGGUGACAGAACGCCAAAACAGAAAAUGAAAGUCGAAGUUCGGCAUCCGAAAUUCUUUGAAAUUUUCGAAAAGUACGACGGCUACAGAAAAGGUCAUGUGAAGUUGAAAAAACCAAAGCAAUUGCAAGAAAUUCUCGACACGGCUCGCUCGCUGCUGACAGAAAUUCAGCACAGAGCUGCUGACCCAGAAUUGGAAGAAAAGCAAGGGAAACUUGAGCAGCUGAAAAGUGUUUUGGAAAUGUACGGUCACUUUUCUGGAAUCAACCGCAAAGUUCAAAUGAAAUACCAACCGAGAGGCAGACCCAGAGGCUCAAGCAGCGAUGAUGGCCUUUUCCUAGACCUGCCAAAAGAGCCAUCGCUGGUGCUCAUCCUGAAGUGGGGUGGCGAACUGACCCCGGCUGGACGGGUGCAGGCAGAGGAGCUGGGCCGAAUUUUCCGCUGCAUGUACCCAGGAGGCCAAGGUAGAAGGUUUAGGCACACAGCUGCGGCACGACCGAGACCGAGCGUUGCAGAGCAGAUUCAAAGAGAGGGGCCUGUGGCUGACUGCUGCCACAUUUCAGGCGAGUACGCUGGUACUCAGGGACUCGGCCUGCUCCGGCUGCACUCGACCUUCAGACACGACCUCAAGAUCUACGCCUCAGACGAGGGCCGUGUCCAGAUGACGGCGGCUGCCUUUGCCAAGGGGCUGCUGGCUCUCGAGGGCGAACUCACCCCCAUCCUCGUUCAAAUGGUCAAGAGUGCCAACACGAACGGCUUGCUAGACAACGACUGCGACUCCAGCAAGCAUCAGAAUAUGGCUAAGUCAAAGCUGCACGAGUUGAUGCAGCAGGACCAAGAGUUUACCAAGGAAGACAGGGAAAAGUUAAAUCCGUGCAAUGCCUCGUCCAUUACUGCCGCCCUUGACUUUGUGAAAAAUCCUGUUAGGUGCUGUGAAAGAGUCCACGACUUGAUUCAAAAGCUAGUUGCCAUAGUUAGAACUAAACGUGAAGACCCAAAAACUAAAGAUGCAAUAUUAUACCAUGGUGAAACAUGGGAACUGAUGGGCCGUCGGUGGGGCAAAAUCGAAAAGGAUUUUUCCACAAAGAACAAGUCGUUUGACAUUUCGAAAAUUCCUGACAUUUAUGACUGCAUCAAAUACGACCUCCAGCACAACCAGCACACUCUUCAAUUUGAGCAAGCUGAAGAGUUGUAUAUUUGCGCAAAGUACCUGGCUGACAUAGUGAUACCUCAAGAGUACGGCUUGAAUAAGCAGAACAAGCUGAUGAUUGGUCAGGGAAUCUGCACACCUUUGCUGAAGAAAAUCAGAGCAGACUUGCAGAGAAAUAUUGAAGAAUUUGGUGAAGAGAGUGUGAACCGACUGAACCCACGUUACUCUCACGGAGUGUCCAGCCCAGGACGCCAUGUGCGCACCCGCCUUUAUUUCACUAGCGAGAGUCAUGUGCACUCUCUACUGACCGUUCUUCGUUAUGGAGGCCUUCUUGACAAAAAGCUCCAAACAGAGAUUGAAACAAUAGAACCAACCUGUCCUCCUGACACAAGCAAUGCAAAUAAGGAAGCAAAGGAUGAGCAGUGGCGCCGUGCAAUGCAGUAUGUAUCCAUGGUGUCCGAGCUCAAUUACAUGGCACAAGUGGUCAUCAUGCUUUACGAAGACCCAACUAAAGAUCCUUUUUCUGAGGCUAGAUUUCACGUAGAGCUGCAUUUCAGUCCAGGAGUAAAUUGCUGUGUCCAGAAAAAUUUGCCUCCUGGGCCUGGUUUUCGACCCCACAGCAGAAACGAUUCUGCAGCAUCAAAAAAUAUGGCUUUUUGGACUGGUUUAGUGGGCAAGCAAGGCUCUGAUUCUGGCGGAAGUACAACAAAAGAGGAAGACGAAGAAGAUCUCAACAUGGACGAAAUGAUGGGAGUUCAACCAAAGCAGGACAAGGUCACUCCUACCCCUGAUGCUCUUGCCGAGGAAGACAACGAAUUUGAUGAAGCCGCAGAUGAGCUGUCAUGUUCGUCUUCAUCAAUAUUGAGAUCAUCGGAACCAAUUCCAAUAAGAAGUAGAGCAAGUCCUCCAAGAGAUAUCAAUCUUGCAACGGUGGCUGCCGAGGAGAGCAACCAAAGAAGUUCCUCCUUAAAUCGCAGUAAACUGAACGCCGAUGACUACGAGCCUCGGUCUCGCAGCUUCGACCACCAGAGGGAGAGGGCGACACAUGACAAGGAUGGGGCGCGAUACCAGAGUCUGGAUGCAGCCCAGUGGCCAGUGGCGCCCUGGUCUCUGCCCCCGUGUCCCCUGGCUCCCCACUCGCUGAACCCGCCCCUGGCGCCGUUGAGCCCGCGCUCGCAAUCACCGACGUCGGCUCCGGCGCCGCUCCUGUCCGCAUACGCAACGUCCUCGCCCACCCUUCCCUCCUCGCCGCUCUCCUCGCUCUUUGUGCGCUCCUUUUCGACGCCGUGCGGCACACACUCGUCCUUACCUCCCCUGAACGCAGGUGCCGAAGGUCGUCGGCUGGCCCACCAGGUGCCCAGCCUCUUCAAGAUGCUCGGCAAAGGCGGCGCCUCCGCCUCCAGCCUCUUCAGCACGGCCGUCAUCAGUGGAGGCACGGCGGCUGUCAGCGCCCCCUGCCUCCUCAAGCAUGACCACGAGAUCCCCACCGUCGCAGCCAUUGAGGGCUGCGGCGGAGUUCCCCCAAUUCGGCCACUCGAGACUCUUCACAACGCUCUCUCCCUGCGCCAGCUGGACGCCUUUCUCGAACGGAUGACGGCUGCUCCUUUCCGGACGCCUCCGUCCUGUGCCUCGCCGCCAAAGUUGCCGGGAAAUCUUCCCCGUCUGCCGAACGAUCUCCAAUCACCAAGCAACAGCAGCGUUGGCUGGAGCGGCCCACCGUCCUUUGUGUCCUCGAGUGGACCUUCCUCGCCCAACGGUUCCGCCUCUCUGAUCGACUACUUUGUCGGUGGCGAACCGACCGCCCCUUCGUCCCUUUCGGCGAGUCUGCUGAGUGAGGAGGGGGCGCCGGGUCUGCUCAACUAUUUUAGCGGAAUGGUUCCUACGCAGAUUGCGGCCGGCAUGUUUCCUCCAAACAACCCUUCCAACGCCACCCCCGCCGGCUCUUCUGCCACCACCCCUGACGACUUUCUGAACGAGCGCUCUGACGAGGAGGACCACGCGCCUGACGUCACGGUCACCGAGGAGCCGCUUUGGCCAGCAGAACCUCUGGUGCCGCCCGAGUCUGAAAGCAACUCGCCCAGCAGUGGCACUGACGCGCAAAGCACUGUUUUGCCUCCACCACCGUCAUAAUGAAUCAUGUGAAUUUUUUAUUUUGUGAAAAGUGAAAAUAAAUUAUAGUUACAUUGUUGAAAAUUUAAA